AUGGGAGCUUUUAACCUCACCCCCUCUGACUCUUCGACAUUCAUCUUAAUGGGUAUUGCUGGUCUAGAAGCUGCCCAUGUCUGGAUUUCCAUCCCUUUCUUGAUGUCCUACAUUGUCACCCUCUUAGGAAAUCUCAUGCUGCUGUUUGUGGUAGGCAAAGAGCAGACCCUGCACAAGCCAAUGUACAUGAUGCUCUGCAUGCUGGCACUCACAGACAUUGUCACACCUUCCCUCGUUGUGCCAAAGGCACUGUGCAUGUUUUGGUUCAAUUGGAAAGAUAUUACUGUGGGUGGCUGCCUCACCCAGAUGUUCUUUCUCCACACAGUUGCUUUCAUGCAAUCAGCUAUUCUGGUGACAAUGGCCUAUGAUCGUUAUGUUGCCAUUUGUAACCCGCUGAGAUACACCACCAUCCUCAGCAAUGCACGGAUAGCUACACUAGGGCUAGUGGGUUUGAUAAGAUCUAGUCUUUUGAUGCUACCACUACCCCUGCUCCUCAGCAGGCUGCCAUUCUGUUCCAGCCGACUUAUCCUUCACACGCACUGUGAGCACAUGGCCAUCGCGAAGUUGGCAUGUGGGGACAUCAGCGUGAACAGAAACUAUAGCAUGGUGGUAGCAUUUGUGGUCAGCGGCAUAGACCUGAUGCUCAUUGCACUGUCCUAUGGUAGGAUCAUCAGGGCAGUUUUUACAAAAACCUCUAAGAAAUCCCACCAGAAAGCCCUCAGCACCUGCACUGCCCACAUUUGUGUGAUGCUGAUGUCCUAUAUGCCUGGCCUCUUCACCAGCGUAUCAAACCAGUUGGGUAAGGCAAUCGCUUCUCACACUCACAUCAUCUUGGCCAAUCUCUACCUCCUCAUUCCUCCCAUGCUCAACCCCAUCAUUUAUGGGGUCAAAACCAAGGAGAUUUGUGACAAAAUGUGCAAAUACACGUGCAGAAGGUGA